AUGGCAUUCAUAACUGAACCACAACCAGUUCUUCAAAAACCGGGAUAUUCAAGAAGAGGAACUGAUGAAAGUGUGAUUGAUGAUGGGAUGAAGGGAAAAUUGAGAAGAGAUACUAUUAGUGGAAAAUUAAAGUUUUGGUCUGGAAGUAAUGCAGUUGGGAAUGGAAAUGGAAGUGGAAAGAAAAUGGACGACUGGACAUUAAAAACGGAUGUAGAAUAUGAUAAAGAUUUCGAUAUGGCAAAGAAUAUGGAGGAAUUGGAAGAUCUCAAGUUGAGUCAUGAUUCUAGUGCUGAUCCUUUGAAUUGGUCACCUCAACGUAAAACCCUCUCGUUCUUCACUCUAUGUCUCGCUUUCUCAAUAGUAGGCAUGCAGCGUCUAAUGUUUGCGUCGGUAAAUGCGGGCAUCACAGCACAGUUUUCUAUCUCUUCUACUCAAACGGCUACAUUAACAGGAAUUGCAUUCAUCUUCUCAGCAAUUAGUAGUCCAUGUUGGGAAAUGUUAAGUAUGAAGGUGGGAAAGAGGUUGAUUUUUAUAUUUGCUGCGGCUUUCAUGUUGAUCGGUGGUUUAUGGAAUAUGCAUGUUAAGAGUUAUGGACGAUUUUUGAUAGGAAGAAUGAUGCAGGGAGUGGGAUGGGGAGCAUUUGAGGGAUUGAUUGGAGAGGCAGUGGGAGAGAUGUAUUUUGAAUCACAACUCCCUAUCCGUCUAACCAUCCUCUCAACAAUCGAUAUUUUCUUUACCUGGGGAACUCCUAUUAUCGGCGGAUACCUCAGCCAAACAAUCUAUGGAUACGGAAAUCAAAUCAUGAUCAUGAACAUCAUCCAAACAAUUUCAAUCCUCCUUUUAAUCCUCGCUUUCCCAGAAACAUCCUUCAAUCGAACAUCUCAUCCAACACCUCCAUUAUCUCCACCUACAAGAACAUUUCAAACCUGGCUCAAAACCUUAAAUCCAAUACCAUAUCAUGGAAAUCCUACCAAAGAAGAAUUAUCCCGACCAAUAAAAGGACUCAUCUCUCCAAUCACUCUUCUCACAUUCAUCUUAUCUUCCUUACCUAUCGCAUCAUCUUACGCCUUCUCACUAAAUCUCUCAUCUUUCCUCUCCGGGUCCCCUCUGUUCAUUUUCCCAAGCCAAGUAGGAUAUAUAUUCCUCGGACCCUUUCUCCUAUCCAUCCUAUCCUAUGCCAUCCUAUCCAUCAUCUCACCGCACAAACCCAACCUUCCUUCCUCCGAAAAACCAAACCCAAGCCCAAAAACCCUCCAAGCAAAAGCAAAAGGAAAAGGCUCACCAAUUAGCGCCCUGCGUAUCGCUAUCCCAGGACUCAUUCUCUUCGUUACAGGAACCAUCGCAUUCACCCAAUAUAUAUCCACAACCCUCAUACCCAAAGCCAUGGAACUCAGUCCUACAGUUUUUGUUACCUCAAAUUCAGAUACAAAUGUUAGUUUACGAGUUACUAGUCUCGUUUUCGAAGGAGGUAUGGGAAAUGAGAUGGGUGGUGUGAUGGGGUUGAAGGAUACAGGUCUGGGCGUGGGCGUUUUUGGGUUUGUGGGGGGUGUGGGGGUGGUGGCGGGUUUGUGGAUUAUUGGGGGGAGGGGUGGAAGGGGGGAUUGUGAGAUGGGGGUGGGGAUGGGGAGGAGGGGUGGUGGUGAUGAGGGGAGGAGGUUGGGGGUUUGA